GUUUGGUCUGCGGAUACAGGGGCGAGUGUUUGUGUUCUGCGUGGACACAGUCGUGGAGUAUCGUGCUUAUGUGUUCGCAAACCAAUUUUAGUUUCGGGCAGCUCGGACAACACGAUUCGUAUCUGGAAUAUGGAGACAGAGCUGUGCGUACGCGUGCUAGAAGGCCACGAAUGUGUUGUACGCUGUGUGAUGUUUGAUUCGGACCAUAUCGUUUCCGGUGCCUAUGAUCAGACGAUUAGGAUUUGGGAUUUGCAGAAUGCGUUGGAUUCCCGAUCGGAAUCGAGUCAGCUGUGCAUUCGAACACUGAGACAACACAAGAAUCGUAUAUUUGGGUUGCAGUUUGAACCGUACAAAAUCGUUUCCUGUUCUUUGGAUGCUACUAUUCUCAUUUGGGACUUCGCUGGCUCGAACCCGGAAGCGUCGCAUUGUGAUAAUUUUGAUGAUGACAAGUCGGACACAAGCGGUCAUAUUUCUUCACUCUUAUGA